CAACGUGCUCGGUUUUAUUUGUUAAACCACUAUGAUGCUGAUGUAGUAAAAAACAAAAAAAACUUUCGGCCUAUAUCACUCUGACCCAAAACUAUUUGGCUUUUGCGUGUGGUUGUAGCAGCGUAGUCGCCGAACAAAGAUGGUUUUCAGUCGACCAUAUGAAAAGUGGGUCAAGUAAGAGAUGGAUUCCCAACAGGUACAAAACAUAACUACAGGAGCCAGAUGAGGCCCCCUUCACGUGCUCCAGCCGAUAUCUGUCUUAGAAGUGAGCUUCUUAUUUGAAAAACCAUGAUCCAACUGAUGAAAAGUGUAGUUUCCAAAAUAAUGUAUCCUUUGUGGCAUGUAGCUGAAGAGGAUGAGAUCAACCUGCCAAGAGUCCCGCAAAUGAGAAACUUUAUGAACAGCACAGUCACCAUCUUGUGCCAGGACUAUGGCUUGGUUGAUGAUAUGAUUUACUUCACAUCAGAAGUAGUCCUGGGAGGUAUACCCUUGAGUGUUGGGCACAAAGUCAAUGUACUUGCCUAUCAAGACCGUGAAAGCAGGGGCUGGAAAGCACUAAGGGUUGAAAAGUCAUUUGAUGACUGGGAAGACAACUCUGCAAGUGAUUGUGAGCUAAGCAAAGCUAAGGCCCUCAUUGGCAUAGUGACAUCCUGUAAUGGAGAAGGCGGCAUGAUUAACUCUAGCACAUGCUUCUCUCUCUCUCAUGUGUGUGAAGGUUUUCAGCCAAUAAAGGGUGACUGGGUGCGAGCUGAAUAUUUUAUCAACCCUAGCAAGUGGUGCAGCCAAGCAUGUAGUGUUGCACCUCUUCGUUCCCGGGUAAUUGAUAAGGUCCAGGUGUCCAGCAUCUGUGGUCGCUGUGGGGUGCUAGAAAGUUCAAUAUUUUUUACUUUGGAUUCACUCUAUGUUCCCAAUGAAUAUUGUCCGUCGACUGGCGAUGUUGUUAAUGCAGUGGUGGUGGAGAGCACCCAGUCCUUUUAUUGCUGGCGAGCUUUAGCUAUGACUCCAGUGAGCAGCAGCAGUAAAGGUAACCUGGCCAAAAAUGAACAUGUGAAAAUGAACAGUCACCUGCUUCUUGAGGAUAAGGGUGGGCUAGAAGUCAGCAAAAUGACCAACUUUGGGUCUGUCCUCCUUGGCCAGACAAAGGAAAUACUGGUUUGUAUUAUGAACCAUAGCAACCAACCUCACAUCUUAAUAAGCUCAGGUCUAGCUGGAUGGGACAGAAGUGGACAGUUUAGUUUGCAUGUCCCUGUAGCACAUGGGUAUGAAGGUCCAGUGGGAAACCUUUCGUGCCCCCUCUCUCUUUUGUGGCGAGCACAUGCAAGAGGCCCAUACUUGCUGCUUCUGUGUUCUGGAAGCCUGUAUUGUGGUAUCAAUGGAAGCAGUAAUACGUGUGUCAGUUAUUUAUCAAGUGCUGAAGGCACAUGGGAAAUAUCCAUUGCUCCAGGGCAGGAGAUGACUGUGGCUGUGCAGUGCCAGGCCAGGACUUUGGGAAGCUGCACAGAGCUGCUUUUGCUCCAUUUUCAGAGUUUCUCAAUUGGACGGUUACUAGAUGUAGACGUGCAUGCCUCAGAGGAGCUGCUAGUUAAGGCACAGACCAACUACAUGCCAGCCAGCCAGCUAUCCUUGCUGCCAAGCACACAAAUGAUCAAGGAUGUAAUAGCUGUGCUGCCCAGCUCCUUGCCACACAAGUUACCCAGACGGCAUCUACCAAACUUUUUGAGUCGUUAUCCAGUGCCACCAAGCCUAAAAGAGUGUUUUGAGCAUGAGAAAGAUGUCCUGUUUGUGCAACCACAGUUGGCAGAGCCUCUCUCUUGGUGCAAUUUUCAAUGCAAGUUCUCUGCUUUGCUGUGGUUGGAGGAACUUCAGGCAGAAAGAGAAGUGAAGGAAUUCAGUAUUCAUGGAACCUUCCUCAGGAAGAGUGCCAACUACCUGUUGCUGGAUGUGCCAGGUGUGGCUGAUGGGAGGCCCAGUGUCUGCCUUGGAGACAAGGUGAUUCUGAAGAGGACCCUUGCCAAUGGUAUUGAGCUGGAAUACACUGCCUACAUCAGUGAGAUUUACAAUGAUGAGCUGAGCCUUAGAGUGAACCUAGAUUUCCAUAGUAACUACAAUGGGGAGCCCCUUGAUGUUGAAUUCACAUUCAAUAGGCUUACUAUGCGACGGUGUCAUGCUGCACUGGAACGGGUAGAACAUUUGGGAGAGGCAGUCUUGUUUCCACAGUGCCUGGUUAUCAAGCCUGUCCAGCUACACCUAGAGUGGCAGCAGAAUAACACAGAGGAUGAAACAUUUCCCAGUGAUGAACGGGAUGCAGGAGCCCAGGGUGUGGACAUGGUGUCUGUUGGGACCCAGACCCAAGCAGGCAAGAGCUCUCAAUCAACUUUCCCAUUGAGCCAAAAUGGUUUUUACUUCAACCCGGCACUGAACCCACAUCAGAGAGCAGCAGUGAAGCGCAUCCUUGCUGGAGAGUGUCGACCUUUGCCUUACAUACUCUUUGGACCUCCUGGGACUGGAAAGACUGUGACACUUCUGGAAGCCAUCUUGCAGAUCCACCACAAGCUACCAGAUAGUCGCAUCCUAGUGUGCACCCCUUCUAACAGUGCAGCUGACUUGUUGUGUAGUCGCUUGCACUACAGUGGACAUGUGCCCCCUGGGAACUUGGUCCGUGUUAAUGCGUCCUUCAGACUGGAGGAGAGCAUCCCAGAGGAAGUUAAGUCAUACAGCCACAGUGGAGAGGAUAUAUUUCAGGCAGCACAUUACCGUAUUGUCAUCAGUACCUGCAGUAGUGCUGGCAUGUUCUACCAAGUGGGCCUCCGGGUUGGUCACUUCACCCAUGUGUUCAUUGAUGAAGCAGGACAGGCUAUGGAGCCAGAGUGCUUUAUCCCACUGGCUUUGUUAUCUGAGGUAGAUGGCCAGAUUGUGUUGGCUGGAGAUCCAAUGCAGCUAGGUCCAUUAGUAAAGUCCAUACUGGCAAAUGUGUAUGGUCUGAGUAAAUCCCUUUUGGAAAGACUAAUGAGCAUGCCACUCUAUUCCCGCCAGGAAAAAGAGUUUGGUCCCCACAGUGCUUACAAUCCCCUGCUGGUGACAAAACUACUUAUUAACUACCGGUCCCAUCAGGCUAUUUUGCACCUCCCCUCACGACUCUUUUAUAAUCAGGAGCUGGAGUUAGGAUCUGACCCCAAGGUAGUAGAGUCUCUGCAGAAUUGGAGAGGUCUGCCAACUAGGGGCUUUCCACUUAUGUUUCAUGGAGUCCGUGGAAGAGAGAUGCGUGAGGGUAAUAGCCCAUCAUGGUUUAACCCUGUGGAGGCUGUACAGGUCCUCAUUUACUGCUGCCAGCUGACUAGGAGGCUUUAUAAACCCGUCAGCCCCUUUGAUAUUGGAAUCAUCACCCCUUACAGAAAACAGGUGGAGAAGAUUAGACUGCUGCUUGGUCGAGCUGGACUGCUGGAUAUUAAAGUUGGGUCUGUGGAGGAGUUCCAGGGCCGGGAGUUCCUUGUGAUAAUUAUUUCUUUGGUCCGCUCCAAUGAGGAAAUCUUGGAUCAAGGUGUACAUAGUCUGCUGGGUUUCAUUUCAAAUCCAAAGCGCUUCAAUGUAGCCAUCACUCGUGCCAAGGCCCUGUUGAUUGUGUUAGGGAACCCUCAUGUACUCAUUAAGGACCCUUGUUUUGCAGAACUGCUACAGUAUUGUGAGGAAAAUGGGGCAUUUUUUGGCUGUAACCUCCCUGCUGAACUGAUAAGCCAGAGUUAGUGAGAAUCAAAAGGAGAUGGAGUAAUGACCUGAUGCCCCACACAAAUGUCUUCUGUUUUUGUUGUUGUGAUUAAGAAAUUGGAUUAAUAAAGAAGGAAACCAAAUAAUGCAUUAUGUGGUGGACUCAGCUGCUAAUGGGCUAAGCCAGAUUUAAAAAGUAUGCAGAUAAUUGCUUGUUACCAAUUAUAUUUUACAGGUUAAAAAAAAAAACAACAAAUGUGUUAAUUUUGAGAGAAAUGUUGGCAGCUAGAAGUGCUUUUUAUAGAAAAAUGCUAUGGAGUUGCAUAUUACAAGUCCAAAUACAUGAAACACCCUGUGACCCUGUAAUUAGGAUAUAGCGGAUUGGAUAAUGGAUGGAUGGACAGCAGCAGUAUAAAUGGACACGCAUUAUGUAGAUGUUUCACUCUGUGCAGAACUGUGUGAUAAUACUGCACUGUACAAUACAGUUGUGGUCCAGUGCUUUUUGCUUACCACAGCAACCCAAAUAUAAACCUGUACCUUGAAUUCUACAAAUGACUCUGUCUUUACUGUGCUCCAGCAAAUAACAGAUAGAGAUCAAAACUGCCAUGUCAGUCAACAGCACAUUGUGUUAAUAUUCAUGACACUACAUUCUUAAAAGGCUAAAUGUGUCAACAUUACACAAUUGUUUCCUAAAGUGUCAUACUGGUUUACUGUAUUGUACAAAUAUUGUAGCA